AUGACGCCGGUUGAAGUGAUAAUACUGUGCUCCCUUAUGACCAGGACACUAUGCGUGGCUCCACAAAUUCCAGACUUCAAGACCGGUGAGAAAAUCAUCAAUGGUCCCUUUUGGCAUGAAGUGUUCACGGAGGUAUAUGAAGAUGGAGAAGAUGAAGUGUCCACAACAUCUGAACCCCUUCCUUUCUUCGAAGACGAUGCAUCCACCAAUAAUGUAACUGCUCAGUUGGGUAGCCGUGUACACCUACAUUGCAGAGUCCAUGAUUUGGGGGAUAAAACGAUAUCUUGGGUUAGAAGACGUGGAGAAGAGAUCCAUCUUCUAUCGUUCGGCCGUCAUACGUACUCAGCUGAUUCUAGAUAUUCUCUCGCUUUCGAGCAACCAAACAACUGGAGAUUGCUUAUACAGUACGUGAGUGAGCGAGACGAAGGAUUCUAUGAAUGUCAAAUCUCUACCCAUCCUCCUCUAGUGCGAAGAGUUUAUCUGGUUGUUGUUGUACCAAAAGUUGAAAUAGUCGACGAAAGGGGGAAGCCUCUACAGGACAAAUUCUAUAAAGAAGGGUCCAUUAUUGAACUUCGAUGCGUCGUCAGCGAGGUGCCGGAACCAUCGAGACAAGUCAACUGGAAACACGGCAGUAGAUUGUUGAACUAUGACACCAAGCGUGGAGGAGUCAGUGUGAAGACGGAGACUUUGCCCAACGGCGCUCUAUCUCGGCUCUACAUCGCCAAUGCUAAUAGAAAAGAUUCCGGCAACUACACCUGCACGUUGGCAGACUUUGCAGCGACUGCCGUUUCCGUACACGUGCUAAGAGGUGAGAACCCUCUAGCGAUGCAACGCGGCGGUGUAUCCAACGUGACACAUUCAUUGCGCGCUCUGCUCCUCGCGUACGUCAGCUGACAGAUUGCCGGCGCGUUAUGGUCACGCGCCAUUUUGUAAAAAUGUUAUUGAAGUCGUUUCGUAGUAAUAUGGUGUACCCCGUCUAAAUUUAAAUUAAGUCGAACAUCUUCACUAAUUAAGAUGUGACCAGUAUAAGUUAAGCCAUAGCUUAUGAGUGUAAACAUGUGA